GGCCUUCAUGCUUUUUCGAUUUCGAGACUUCGAACGAAACGGUUGUGUUUUUUCGCGUGUGUGCGGGUGGCGGACGCGCGUGCCAAUCGGAAAAAGGCUGAGAAUUAAAUGAGUUGUUCGCAAAAGCCAAGGCAACAAAAAGGAGUACCAAGGUGUGUUGUGUGCGGAGAAAGCCUGCUCACAAAAACAGAUUCAAGAUCGCCGGACGGAAAAAAAUCGCCGUUAAAUCGGGGCUACUGAAAAACAAGUGUAGCACACAAAUUUAAAUGUUUGCUGUGCAGUGAGUGUGUGCAAUUGUGUGCGAGCGUCAUCUAAAUAAACAACAAAAAAAUCUUUUUGCUGCAGAGAAGCAAGAGAGAGCUAGAGAGAGAGAGCGAGAGGCUGUUGUUGCCGCUGCAUGUGGCAUGCCCAAAAAUCAGCUGGCCCCGUCUAUCCUCUCCCUCGCACACGAAGUGUGUAGGCUAGUGUAAAAGGCGGCGCAGCUUUUCCUUUUUAGCUUACAUUCUGGACUGGACACUCUCGGCUUAUCUCUCUUUCUCCAUUUGUAGCACUAUGCUACAAAUGUGAAAAGCAAACCCGUUUCGUUUUACUUCACCCACUGCUUCGGUUUUUUCUGCUCUCGCGUCACGCCUCGUCUUGUUUUUGUUGCAGUUGUUGCUUUUUCUUAAUGCCCCUUUCAUUCAUAGAAAACGGUCAGCAAAGGAAUAACAAAACAAAAGCAACAGCAGCGCGAUUUCUUUUAUUUUCGCCCAAAAGAGCAGCCCGAAAAGCCAACAUAAAAUCAACGAAAUACAAAACACAAAGCCAAAUUAAAGAAAUUAAAUUUCAAAUUCGUGCGGCCACCAACAACCAAAGCCAUAUCGAAAGAAAGAAAAUUAUCCAAAUCAUCAUCAGCAGCACAAAAAUCGAAAAUUGACUUGCUGUGUGCGAUAUAUAUACACUACAAGGACAUCAAGCUAUCCAACAUAAAUUACACACUACAAACAAUUAUAAAAAAACAGCUACAACAUGCGCUUUGAGCCCUUGGGUCAGAAAAUGUUCACACGCCGCAACUGGUUGCUGCGCUGCAGCAUUCUGAUCAAUGUCGCCGUCAUCCUGUACAUUGGUAGUCAGUUGAUGAUCGGGGGCGGCAACAACUUCGCCAAUGGCGGCAGUUUCCUGCUGCAGGACCAACAGCCAGUGUCUCUUAUGCAAGUAGGGUCUGCCAUUUCGGCGGCCCAGGUGCAGCAACAACAGCCGCCCACGCCCAAGAACCAGAACGUGGUCGAGAUCUUCGAGUCGGAGGAAAAGCUACUGGUCAAUUCAAAUGCAGACUCUCCAGGAGCAGCAGCACAGGCGGCGGAUGGCAUUGCAGGUGCUCCGCAGUUGGCAAACGACAGUGGUGGCGGGGCAGCUGCAUUGGGCGAUCCUGGACAGGUGAUCGGAAACAUUGGAGCUGGGGGUGUUGCCGCGGGCGGCAAUGCCGAGGUGAACAACACCCAGUCGGACGGUGGCUACAUAGUCACUGGCGACGAAAAGGAGCUGGAGGAGCGGGUGCGAUCCCUGAUCAACUGUUUCGACCACGACUAUCACCAGCAGACGUUGCAGCGCGGCGACUUUUGGGUGCUGCAGAACUACGUGCGGGCGGAGCAUGGCGACAUCAAGUGCCACGAGUCGAUCACCUAUACGACGCAUGCGGACUACACGUUCCUGGACAACUUGGUGCCGCUGUUGGAGCGAUGGAACGCCCCAGUGAGCAUCGCCAUGCACGCACCCGGCACGGACUUCCAGCCCACCCUGGACUCGAUCCGGUACCUGCGGGAGUGCCUGCCCGGCAGCCACCUGGUGCGCGCAUACACCACCUUCCACAUCUACUUCGGCACCAAACAUAUCCCCAAGUCCGUACCCAAGCCGCACGAGGUAUUCAAGACGGGAUACAACUGCACACUCCCACCUCCGUACUUCAACGUGAGCUCAGGUCACCUGUACAAGGCACAGAAGAAGCUCCUGUAUCCGGUGAACGUGGGCCGAAAUAUUGCCCGCGACUCGGCGCUCACCCACUUCAUUUUAGCCUCGGACAUCGAGCUGUAUCCGAACCCGGGUCUUGUCAAGAAAUUCCUCGAGAUGAUUGCCCGCAACGAUCAAUACUUGAGACGCAAAGCACCCAGGGUGUUCCCACUGGCCAUCUUCGAGGUGGAGGAGAGCUCUCCGGUGCCACAUGACAAGACCGAGCUGCAAGAGUUCUUGCGCACAGGCAAAGCCAUUCCCUUUCAUAAACGUGUCUGCGCCAGCUGCCACGGGGUUCCCAAGUCCAAGGAGUGGAUGUCCGCUAACGAGACAGACGAACUUAGUGUGUUUCACAUAGGAAAGCGAACUGGUUACUAUGUGCAUUGGGAACCUAUCUACAUUGGAACUCAUGCGGAUCCCCACUAUGAUGAGCGGCUCAGCUGGGAGGGAAAAAGUGACAAGAUGCCCCAGGGAUAUGCGCUUUGCGUACUGGACUACGAGUUCCACAUACUGGAUAACGCAUUUCUGGUGCACAAACCAGGCAUCAAAGUGCUGAAAAAGGACAAUCGACGGGCCAUGCUGUCCGGAAAGACGAACCAGCUGAUUCGAAAGAUCAUCUAUCCUGAACUGAAGAUUAUGUAUGGCAUGCGCAAGGGGUGUGCGAUAUAGUAACUAAUUCUGAAACCGAGCUGAGCUCAGCCCCGAUUGGACGGGAAGGAGGCAAAGGCGAAAAGACUACAACCCACUUCACUAUUACUAUUUGCAAUGCUAUAGAUCGGUAGUGUUGACUUUACCGAUUCCAAUUCCCUUUAUAGCUUUGGAAGAGCACUGCGAGUGUGUGUUUUACAAUUAGCUAGAGACUUAGCCCUAGGACUAAUAGAGCAUUACGUAGUUAGGCUUAGCUAUAGGCCAGGUCGUGUAACGCAAUGUGGGCCUAUAAGAUUUUUUCGCGUUCUGGGUUUUCUUUUCCUACUCUGCAAAGCCCUGAGAGCAUGGCUUAAACUGGUUUAAGGUAGUUAAAUGUGGCUUUUAGGAAUCAUGCAAUAUUCCAUUUACUAGGCCAUUCGUAAGCUGAUAGCAGCCAAUAAUCUAGACGGUCCUUUAAUAUCAACUACUGUUAAAGCAUCUAAGCAUAGAAUUGAUCCACUUCCAUGAACUUCUGUAAAUAAUAACACACUAGAAACCACUUAUUGGGCCUUUCCUCUCUCCUGCUCUCUGGCAACAACUGGAAGCUUGAGUUAUGGGGAUUUCAAUUACUCAAAGGCAGUCAUUAUCAGAUACUUUUAGUUUAGGCCAUUAACUUAAGUUUAUCGUUAUUUUAGCUGAAUUUUUCAUAUGCAUCCAUUUACGAGUUGAAGUUGAAGUUUUUCUACUUAUGGAUUUUAUUUUCAAAAUACUCAAGAGAGGAAAUGAGAGCAACAUUAUUUUUGUAUACCAGGGCGAGAUUCCUAAUUAAAAUCAGCAAAAACAACAGUCUUACCAUUUUGUGUGUCUGUACUUGCAUUAAACAAUGUUUUCUUGGGCACUGUAGACUUACUGUAAAGACCAAAACGUAGAGUAGACCGAUACCGGGCCAAAACAAUUCCAGCGUUAAAUAUUUGACUUGAAUAGAGUAAUCAUUGAAUUGGAACAUAUUACAUAGACUUUGAGAGUUAAAUCGUAAUAAUAUAAAUAAAAUUAAAAGGCUAAAGACAAGUUUCAACAAAACACAAAUACUAUUAAAAUUUAUACGAGAAAACACACUUGAGAAUUGAUUUGUUUACUUACCGCACUGGUAGGGAAAACAAUUAAUGCAAUUGAAGAUUACAUUUCAAAAAGCAUAAAUGCGAACCGUGAUAUUUGUACUAGUAAAGCGAUAUGGAGAUGUUAAACCUAAUUAAUAAGAAAUCAGGGGAACGAUCGAAAACAGAGAUCAGAGACCCAUAUGCAUUAAACUUAACAUAACUUUAGUUUUGUAUAUGUUUUUUAUUAGUGUUGAACAUUAAGUCAAACUUGUGCACAUAUAAAUGUUAAAAACAAUAGGUAUUGUCAAAUCGAAUCCACGAUUCGGUGCCGAGUGAAAUGCUGAAGGUUUUUGUUGCGUAUGCCUUAUCAAAAUAAAGAAAAAUAAUAGUAACUAAGUGGUCGAUUUUUAGAGAGUUGCAAAAUAUUAGUACUUAGCUGAAUACAGCAAAUUUUACGUAUGUUGUUGAAUAUUUAAUAAAAGUACAUUUUAAAAGUGACUUGGGAACAACAUACAACAAUUGGUGUUUGUAAUUAUUUCACAUUUAGUACAUAAACUUUGAUUUAUCAGAUCAAGUCUUACACUUAUUCGCUCAAAAAAUUGGUUCGACUAACUAAAUUGGUAUGACUAAAAUAUCACCAAACCUGUUGGAAGUUGUUGAAAAAGUAGCUGAGAGCAGAGUUAAAAAUAUAAGUAGAAUACAAAGAUUUGAAUAAAAGGAUAUAUUUGUAUGAUGUAAUGUAAAGUGUAAAAGUGCCUUAGACAAAACGAAAAAAUAUAAAGUAUUUAUAAGAAUCCAUGCAGCUGGAAUAUUUUUUGAGUUUACUUGUGAAUUUGCAUCAUUUUGUGUUCAAAACAGCUAUAGGAACGCAUACAGCGUAUUUUUGUAUGUAUAUAAUAAAAACCUUUCGGCAAUGUAUUAAAACUAAAAAUAAAUCGAAAUGAAUCAUUUUUAAAA